CAUGUUCUCCCUGUGUCAGCGUGGGUUCUCUCCGGGUUCUCCGGCUUCUCCCACAGUCCAAAGGAGGAAGCUCCUUUCUGUCAGAUCCUGGGGAGUCCAGAGUUUCCUCUGCUGUCUAAGGAGGGAGAUGUCAUGAUUGGGGGAGCCUUUUCCAUCCACAGCAAAAUCACACAACCUCCACUUUCCUUUACAGAGAAACCAUCACGUCUCAUAUGUUCCAGUGUGAACCUCAGGGAGUUUCGAUUUGCCCAGACAAUGAUUUUUGCAAUCCAAGAAAUAAACAAAAGCAAAUAUCUUCUUCCCAAUGUUUCAAUUGGAUACCGUAUUUAUGACAACUGUGGCUCAACAUUAUCCUCAAUGCGUGCUGUGAUGGCCCUGAUGAACGGUGAUGAGUGGACUGUGGGAAAGAGCUGUUCAGGACAAUCAGCUGUUCACGCUAUAAUCGGGGAGUCUGAGUCCUCUUCAACCAUUGUCCUGACACGUACUACUGGACCUUUCAAAAUACCUGUGAUAAGUCAUUCAGCUACUUGUGAGUGUUUGAGCAAUAGGAAGGAGUAUCCCUCUUUCUUUCGAACCAUUGCCAGUGAUCUCUACCAAAGUCGAGCUCUUGCCCAGAUGGUCAAGCACUUUGGCUGGACCUGGGUCGGGGCAGUCAACAGUGACAGUGACUAUGGCAACAACGGCAUGGCCAUCUUCCUUGCUGCAGCCAAGGAGGAAGGAGUGUGUGUGGAGUAUACAGAGAAAUUUCACCGGGCAGAACCAGAAAAACUCAUGAAAGUUGUAGAAGUGAUCCGAAAGAGCACUGCCCGGGUCAUUGUUGGUUUUCUGGCCCACGUAGAGAUGAACAACCUUCUGGAGAAGUUAAGUCUGCACAACAUCACAGGCCUGCAGUUUAUUGGUGUGGAGGCCUGGAUCACUGCUGACAGCCUCGUGACUCCCACCAGCUUUAGUGUGCUAGGAGGUUCACUGGGUUUUGCUGUGCAAAAGGCCAACAUCAGUGGCCUGGAUGAUUUCUUAAUCAAAGAUUUCUGGGGGACAGAGUUUAAGUGUAAGGAGACAAACGGUGACACCAAUGCAGAAACAGCAACAUGCAAAGAAAACCAGGAUCUAAUUGAGUUUAAAGACAAUGAUGAUGAUGUUGCAGAGCUGCGAUACUCCAGUAACAUUUACAAAGCUAUCUAUGCUGUGGCCCAUUCACUGCACAGCCUUUUAAAAUGCUCAGAAAGUCAGGGGUGUGACAGGAUGAUAAAGGUUACUCCUUGGCAGGUAGUGGAGUCUUUGGAGCAGGUCAAUUUUACCAUUAACAACGGAGACCGGGUGUGGUUUGACAGCACUGGAGCAGCUGUGGCUAAGUAUGAGGUGGUGAACUGGCAGCGUGGAUCAGAUGACUCAGUCCAAUUUAAACCUGUCGGCUAUUAUGAUGCCUCCCUACCUCCUGGAAAGAAGUUUGUCCUCAAGACUGAAGCCAUAAUGUGGCCUGGGGGGAAGACAGAGUUGCCUGUGUCAGUGUGCAGUGAAAGAUGUCGUCCAGGAACUCAUAAAGUCCUUCAGAAAGGAAAGCCAGUCUGCUGCUAUGACUGCAUGCCAUGUGCAGAGGGAGAAAUCAGCAACAGCACAGAUUCUAAUGACUGCAAAAAGUGUCCUGAAGAGUAUUGGUCCAAUCAAAACAGAGAUGCAUGUGUACUGAAAAAUGUUGAGUUCCUCUACUUCACUGAGGUUAUGGGUAUAAUCCUUGUAUUUUUCACUUUGUUUGGUGUGUUCCUUACUUUAAUUGUGGCCACGCUAUUCUUGAUCAAUAAGGACUCUCCCUUGGUGAAGGCCAACAACUCUGAGCUGAGCUUCCUGCUGCUUUUCUCCUUGACUCUGUGUUUCCUGUGUUCCCUGACCUUCAUAGGCCGGCCCACUGAGUGGUCCUGCAUGCUGCGACACACAGCAUUCGGCAUCACUUUUGUGCUCAGUAUCUCUUGUGUUCUGGGGAAAACUAUAGUGGUGUUAAUGGCCUUCAGGGCCACACUUCCAAGUAGUAAUGUGAUGAAAUGGUUUGGGCCUGCACAGCAGAGAAUCAGUGUUCUGGCUUUCACACUCAUACAGGUUCUUAUUUGCAUACUAUGGCUUACAAUCAACCCUCCUUUUCCCUACAAAAAUAUGAGCCUCUAUAAAGAGAAGAUUAUUCUUGAGUGCACCCUGGGAUCAACUGUGGGGUUCUGGGCUGUGUUAGGAUACAUAGGGCUCCUAGCUGUAUUAUGUUUUGUACUUGCUUUUUUGGCUAGAAAGUUGCCUGAUAAUUUCAAUGAAGCUAAAUUCAUCACCUUCAGCAUGCUGAUAUUCUGUGCAGUCUGGAUCACAUUUAUCCCAGCAUAUGUCAGCUCUCCUGGGAAGUUCACAGUGGCUGUGGAGAUAUUUGCUAUUUUAGCCUCCAGUUAUGGGCUACUUCUCUGUAUAUUUGCACCCAAAUGCUUUAUUAUUGUAUUCACACCUGAACUGAACACAAAAAAAAAUCUGAUGGGGAAAACAGGAUCCGAUUAA